AUGCUGUUGCUACUUCUGCUGCAAUUGGGCACUCUCUGCACUCCGCUGUAUGGUGCAGAAGUCGUCUCCACGGUGCGCAUUCGCCUUACCAAUAAAGCUCUGCAGUUUUUCAGCAGAAUUGGACAUCGCAUCGCUGAUUACGAAAUUCGGAAAUUAACAUUUCCUGCCAUAUCGCUUCCAAUUGAGGGUGGACCGGGUACAGGCAGGUUUAAUGCGACUGAGGUCAACAUACGAGCAUUCGAAUCUCCCAAAUUUUCAUUCAGUUUUGCGCCACCAAACGGGAUUUCAUGGAAUUCAAGCGGCGGAUCUACAAAAAUUUUUGGCAAAUGGAAUGUUCAUUACGAACUUAUCAUACCGGUCAGUUCUUUACCGAAAGUACAUUGCAUAUUG